GCCGCUGCCGCGCGCAGGACAGAUUGAUUCACUUUGGGGCUAUAAGUACUGAUGUAUUAGGGUGCAGCGCUCAUUGUUCAUUGAUGCAGAGUCUCAAAAUGAAUAUUCAAGAGCAGGGUUUCCCCUUGGACCUCGCAAGUUUCACCGAAGAUGCCCCCAGACCUCCAGUGCCUGGUGAGGAGGGUGAACUGGUGUCCACAGACCCCAGGCCUGUCAGCCACAGCUUCUGCUCCCGGAAAGGUGUUGGUAUUAAAGGCGAAACUUCAACAGCCACUCCGAGGCGCUCAGAUCUGGACCUGGGGCAUGAGCCUGAGGGCAGUGCUUCACCCACCCCACCGUACUUGAAGUGGGCCAAGUCACUGCACUCCUUACUAGACGAUCAAGAUGGGAUAAACCUGUUUAGGACUUUCCUGAAGCAGGAGGACUGUGCUGACCUGCUGGACUUCUGGUUUGUCUGCACCGGCUUCAGGAAACUGGAGCCCUGCGACUCGAAUGAGGAAAAGAGACUGAAGCUGGCCAAAGCUAUCUACCGAAAGUACAUCCUUGAUAACAAUGGCAUCGUAUCCAGGCAAACUAAGCCAGCCACCAAGAGUUUCAUAAAGGACUGCAUUAUGAAGCAGCUGAUUGAUCCUGCCAUGUUUGACCAGGCCCAGACUGAAAUCCAAUCUACCAUGGAGGAGAAUACUUACCCCUCCUUCCUCAAGUCUGAUAUUUAUUUGGAAUACACAAGGACAGGUUCAGAGAGCCCAAAGCUCUGUAGUGACCAGAGCUCUGGGUCAGGGACAGGGAAGGGCAUAUCUGGAUAUCUGCCCACUUUGAACGAAGACGAGGAAUGGAAAUGUGACCAAGAUAUAGAUGAAGAUGAUGGCAGAGACCCUGCUCCCGCCGGUAGGGUGACACAGAAGCUGCUCCAGGAAACAGCUGCCCCUCGGGCCUCCUCAAGUAGACGGUACAGCAAAGGCAGAGAAUUCAGAUAUGGAUCCUGGCGGGAGCCUGUCCACCCCUACUAUGUCAACUCUGGCUAUGCCCUCGCUCCAGCCACCAGCACCAAUGACAGUGAGCAGCAGAGCCUCUCCAGCGACGCAGACAGCCUAUCCCUCACUGACAGCAGUGUGGAUGGCAUCCCACCAUACAGGAUCCCUAAGCAGCACCGCAGGGAGAUGCAGGAGAGCGUCCAGGUCAACGGGUGAGUGCCUCUACCUCACAUUCCUCGUACUUACCGAAUACCAAAGGAAAUUCGCGUGGAGCCCCAGAAGUUCGCUGCAGAGCUCAUCCACCGCCUGGAGGCUGUUCAGCGGACUCGGGAGGCAGAGGAGAAGCUAGAGGAGUGACUGAUGGUGCGGAUGGAGGAAGAAGGGGAGGAUGGCGAUGUGUCCUCUGCCCCCCCUGGGGCCAGUCAUAAGCUGCCUUUGGCCCCGGCCUGGCACAGCUUCCCACCCCGCUACACGGACGUAGGCUGCACAGGGCUGCGGGAUGCACAUGAGGAGAACCCCGAGAUCAUCCUGGAUGAGCAUGUGCAGCAGGUUAUGAGGACUCCAGGCUGCCAGUCGCCCGGGCCUGGCCACCGAUCCCCUGACAGCGGACACAUGCCCAAGAUGUCAGGAGUGCUGGGGGGUACAACCUUGGGGCACAGUAAGCACGUGCCCAAAUUGGGGGCAAAGCUAGAAGCGGCUGGCCUGCAUCUCCAUAGGCACAGCCACCACCACAGCCACCAUGGUGUGGCCAGGCCCAAGGAGCAGGCUGAGGCCGAGGCCAUCCGCCGGGUCCAGAGCAGCUUUGCAUGGGGCCCGGAGCUGCACAGUCACACAGCCAAGACCCGAAGCCACUUAGAGAGUGUGGGCACCACCCCCAAUGCCAACGACAGCCUGGCCUACAGUGGGAAGGCCGGCACAACCUCCAAAAGAAAUGCCAAGAAGACUGAGUCAGGGAAGAGUGCCAGUACUGAGGUGCCAGGCCCUUCAGAGGACUCAGAGAAGAACCAGAAGAUCAUGCAGUGGAUCAUUGAGGGGGAGAAGGAGAUCAGCAGGCACAGGAAGGCUGGCCACAGGUAA